AUGCAAGUUGGAAGCAGAAAGAAGCAAGAUUUCUAUUGCAUGGAACCUAGCUUCUUCAAGGAAGGUUGCAAGUUCGGGCUUCUGAGGAGGGAAGGUACUGAAGAUAUACGUUUUCAAUCUAGAGACGCUAUCUACCUCUACUAUAUAUCUAGGGUUCUAUCAGAAGUUCUUAAUCAUCUAAUAUCUCUAUGGACUCUAUCCAAAGCCAUCCGUGUCAAUGAUAUAUAUGGAACUUUAUUGUUUCUUCUUCCUCUUGUUUACAUUGCUUGA